UCCUGCAGGGUGACUUCACCAGCAGCAGCAAUCCCCAGUCUCAGGGUCUCCAUCCAGAAGGUUAGCAGCUAGUUACUAGUUUAGUUUCAGUAGGGCAGCAAUGCUUGCGAUCUUCCAACUUAUAUAAACCCUUCCACUUGACCCAGUUUAUUCCCUCUUCUUUCCUACUUACCUUCUCUACUCUCCUCGGCCCCCCCUCACCUCACCCCUUUUUUUUCUCAAACAGAAAUAUACCUACGAAAAUGUCCUUCCACAACAGCUGCCAAAACAUCCACCUCAUCCACGAGCCCGGUGCUACUUUCCUGCACGCUGAAGUGCGUCGUGCGAAUGGAGAGUAUGUCGCUCGCAAGAUCCGUCUUGAUAGACAUAUUGGAAAUACUGAUGGCUGGUUCAUCUGGGGCGGCUCCAACUUCACCGAAACCGCCAAUGACAUUCAGCUCGAGAACACCGGCCGCGGUCCCAAGUUGACGGCGUACUUGAAGAAGCGGGAUGGCGGAUACAGAGAGUUGCAGGGAUUGUAUCUGGCGGAUAAGAUUGCUAAUGAGAAUGGGGAGUUGGUGUUCAAGGGACCUUAGAUACAUUGGUAGUAUCUACUAAGCAAGCACCGAGAACGGGAGAUAUGGGGAGGUAACCAGUAGUAAAGGAUACAGAGUGAUUUUGUAUGAUUGGAGAUAUUGCAUAGCGAAUGAUGAAUUAUUUUAUUAUC